AUGUCGUAUGUACAUUUUGCAUCGCCAGCAGCCAUGUACUUGUUAUAUCUCGUUGGCCUUCUACUUGUAUCCUUCAUUAGCUAUUCGGUAGCAUUUCACCCUUUGAGACGGUUUCCCGGCCCAUUUCUGGCCAAGGUUACCGAUGCCUACAGUGGCUACUUUGCUUACAGAAAAUCUCUUCACCUUGUCACGUAUGAGCAUAUGAAGAAAUACGGCGAUGUUGUCCGCCUCGGUCCCAACAAGCUCAUCUUCAACUCUGCGAGAGCUGUGCAAGACAUCUAUUUAAAUCCUCGGGUGGCCAAAGGCGAGCCGUACAAUCACGGCAUGUUCAUGGCCAAACACCGCACUCUAUUGAUGACUACGAAUAGGGAAGAUCACAAGAAGAAGAGUAAAGUGAUCGGAGCUGUGCUUAAUGAACGAUCUAUGCGCAUCUUCCAGCCGAAAGUCAUAAAGCGGAUCAAUGAGUUUCUCCAGAUACUCAACGGCGCGUCGCAGAGUUCUGCCUCCGUUAACGUAUCGGAUAUGUCUACAUAUCUUGCUACUGAUAUUGCUGGAGAUCUUGCAUUCGGCCACCCACUAAACACUCAAACGCGGGAGACUAAUCGAUUCUUUCCAAUUACUCUUCAGAAAUGGAGCUGGAGGGUCAACGCCAUGAUGCAAUUCACCCCCUUGCGAAUCUACAAUCUGAUUAUGAUGGCAAUCAAGUAUAAGGAAACAAUGAAGCUAAUGGUGGCAAUCAAAAACAUGGUAAGGGCACGGGAGGCCUUGGAUAGACACGCAUAUCACGACUUCUACUCCGUCGUUAUUGAUGAGAUUAAACUGGGAGAUCACUUCCUCACUAGCGAGAUGUGGCCGCAUGGGACUAAUUUCUUGGCUGCUGCAACCAUAGCCAGCACCUUUUUCUACCUUUCAAGAUAUCCGGACACCUACACACGCCUAGCUGAAGAGGUACGAUCAAACUUCUCUUCAGCCGAGGAGAUCCAACAAGGACCAAAACUAGCCAAAUGCAAAUAUUUACGGUCAUGUGUCGACGAAAGCCUUCGCUGUUCGCCGCCAGUACUAUCUAUUCUCUGGCGUCAACUGGAUCCUGCCGAUAACAGUGGCAAGCCUUUUAUAGUUGACGGGAACAUCAUCCCUCAAGGCACCCAAGUUGGUGUCAGUCUCUACGCCCUAUUCCAUAACGAAAGUAUAUUUGAAGAUCCUUUCGUCUAUCGACCGGAGCGAUGGCUUGAGUCUGCAGAUGGUACCGAAGACGAGGAGCUAAAAGCAGCGCGGAAAAUGAUGCGUUUGGCACAUAUCCCCUUUGCGACUGGUGAUCGUGCAUGCCCUGGUAAAGCCAUGGCGUGGAUGGAAAUCAUGAUCGCUAUUGCCCGCACGUUCUGGUUCUUUGACUUCGAGAAGGCACCUGGGAAGCUAGGGCAAGUUGGGGAACUUCUGCAUCCAGCACCAGAUGGCCAAAGUUUGAUCCCGGAGCACGAGACAGAAGAUUGGUUUGCGGCUGUUCACGAUGGUCCAUACUUGGCAUUCCGUAGGCGAGGACACUUCAUCGACGAGCUUGAGGAAGCAAUGCGCGAGGAGUGA